CUUUCAACUUUAUUUCCGGUUCACACUGUUACGCCGUGACGUCAACAUCUGUCUGAACAAACCGACCAAAAAAAAGGGAGCGCCGGCAAAGAGGAGAACAUGGCUGUAAAUGUAUACUCGACUUCAGUGACGAGCGACAACCUGAGUCGCCAUGACAUGCUUGCGUGGAUCAACGAGUCUUUACAGAUGAACCUCACAAAGAUUGAGCUACUAUGUUCAGGUGGUGCCUAUUGCCAGUUUAUGGACAUGCUCUUUCCUGGCUGUGUGCCUUUGAAGAAAGUCAAAUUUUCAGCAAAGUUAGAGCAUGAAUACAUUCAUAAUUUUAAGAUCUUGCAAGCUGGAUUCAAGAAAAUGGGUGUCGACAAAAUUAUCCCUGUUGACAAGUUGAUAAAGGGCAAGUUCCAGGACAACUUUGAGUUUGUGCAGUGGUUUAAGAAGUUUUUUGAUGCCAACUAUGACGGAAAAGAGUAUGACCCAGUGGAGGCACGCCAGGGGCAGGACACAAUGCCCGUGCCCAACCCAGCUAUGCCUGCUCUCAACAAGCCCAAAAAGAUCAUGAAUGCAGCACCACAAAGGGCGGCUGUGGCCAAGGUAGCACCCAAGAUGACUCCCAGUUCAGCACGGAGGCCAGGUGCCGGUGGCGACGAUGAAAGGGCAGAACUUAUACAAGAGUUGAAUAUCCUGAAGUCCACAAUCCAGGACAUGGAGAAGGAGCGAGACUUUUACUUUGGCAAAUUGAGGAACAUUGAGCUGAUCUGCCAGGAGAAGGAGAGUGAGGGAGACCCUACCCUGCAGAGGAUUGUGGAUAUUCUCUAUGCCACAGAUGUGAGUGAAGAGCAGGAGGGCUUUGUCAUACCAGAUGCUGAAGCAGAAGACCAGGAGGAGUUCUAAUACUUAUAACUAGAUCCAAUUUUGUCCUUGUCUCCUCCCUCAUCUCUACACAUUCACUCCCUCCUGCUGUCUCGGAUCAUGUUACGCAUUUCGGACACAAUGAACGCUGUAUGGAAAGUAAUUUGGGUUGCAUCCAGAAUUAAAGUAGCUACAUUAGAAGAAGAUCCUCCGAAACCUUCUGAGAGAAGAUGUGCUCGUCUAGACGUGGCUGCUCAACUGAUCUCGCUGGGUUCAGGAGAGAUGGAGCAUGAAGUAUCACGUAAAGUUCCUUCAGCUACAGGGGAACCUGCAACUUUAUUCCUCAUUAGAUAUUCAUCUUUGACUGUUUCUUUUGGCCACAGUGUGAAUAGAGGGGAUGUUUUAGUUUUUCCCCUCACAAGAUGGAUGGCAUGUAUUUCAAUAUUAUAAUAAUGCUAUACUAAUCAUGUUUUAAUAUUUAACAAUGUACUUCCUUCACAAAAUCUUAGAUUUUGCAUUUGGCUCAGAUGUGAAUUAGCAAAACAAUCCUUUAAAAUUUUCACCUUUUCAUUAGUUUACAUUGCAUUUUAUUCCUAUGCGAUUAUUUUUAGUGAAAGGCUUGUUGCAGUCACCUUUUCUCCAGCUUUGAUCCUGUGACUGUGCCUUAUAGACUGAGUGGAGGGAGACCAGUCUGAUGUCUGUGUUUGUCUUUGUUUGUGUGUCAGAAAAUUUUCUCAUGGUCUAGGAAGUCAGUUUUGCUGCAAAGAAGGUUGAUUUUGUUUAUGAACUUUCCAAAAUUGGCCACAAACUGCCAUGAUUGUGAUUAGUAACUGUUUCUUCGUGAUCAUUUGGGAUAUUUUUGUAACUGUGGCAUUACCAGCAUAGUUGCAAAAUCGUCCUCUGUGACAUCAUUUUUACUAAUUGAUUUGCUUGUGUCUAAAAAAUGAUGAUAAUUUUAAUUAACUGUCCACUACAGCGGUGGAUUCAGAGGACAAACAAAUAAUUGGCAAAACAAAUAUUAAUUUACGCACUUUGAGUGCAUAGACUUUUUUUUUACAAUUUAAUAUUUAAUGUAUCAUUUUACCAUUUCACAACUUUUAAUCUCUGCCUUGGUAGAAUUCACUUUCUGUAUUGGCAAGUGUUUGAAUCGAAUUAAAAAAUGUUUGAACAUUUCUGUUUAGUUUUUCAUUGACGUAUUUGACUCCAAAGUAUAUGAAAUAGGUGCAGAAAUUCAGUCUUCCUUUUCUCCCUAACGAAUCUACUAACAUCUACCUAGUUUCUAGGAUUCAGCUUAAGCCCAAUAGAAACGCUCAACAUGGCCAAAGGUUUGUCCAUCACAGCAGUAUGUGCUUGUUGAACAUCUGAUUCCACAUUUAUCCCCUUUUGCUGUUAUAAGCUCCACUCUAAUCGAAAGGCUUUUCACUAGACUGGGGGAAUUUGCUUAUUCAGCCAAUAGAGUAAUGAAGUCAGGUGCUGAUGUAAAAAGCCUGGCACACUGUCAGCAUUCUGUGCUUCCACAUUUCUGAUAUUAUCACAUUGCUGUUAUGGUCAGGUGUUCACAUGCUUUUGGCCAUAGAGUGUAUGGUACAUCUAUGAACAUACUGUGAUAGAUUUUAUAUUGUCUUUUUUUUAUUUUAAAUUUAUUUAUUUUUUACCCACUUUUUACAUUUACAUUCCAUUUGGGGAACAAAAAGACACCUCUCCUGAUAAAAAAAAAUACCAGAAAAUUAAACCUCCUGCAUCCUGUAAUUCUUAGUACUAUAAGUUGGAUCUCAAAAUCCUAACAUCACAAUUUUUUAUUUAUGGUCAGCUGUGUGGAAUAGGGCAUAGAUAAUGUAGGCGUUCCUUGUUUUUUCGUUAUUUUUUUUUUUUUUUUAUCACUGUGCUAAUCUUCUCUUGUAGCAGUAAUAUAGCAGCUCUUCUGUGUUUAUUAGCUGACUAUUCAAGUACAUUUGGGUUUUUGGCUUUUUACAAUUUUUAUUCCUUUAGUUCUUGCCAAUGUCAUACCCUCUGCCCAGCACUGCCAAUGUUUGUGCUCAUGCAACACUGCCUGACUUACUUGGAAAAUGAGAUGGCUGAGUCUUCAACACCAGCGACUUUACAGUUUAAAUUUGUAUCCUAUCACAAGAUUACGUUAAUGUGGUUUUGAGAACCUUGGGUCAUGUUUUCUUAAUGACGCUGAUGAGCAGAGUGCUUUGAUUAAAGUACAUCUGAUGUGCAAAUAAAACAGUAUGGAAUGUUACAUAAUCAAUCUGAUGAUCAAUUUUUCCUUUUUCAUUUGUGCUGUAUGAUGAUAAAAUGUUGUUGUAAUGUAUCCAGGUUUAAAAAUCAGAAGUAAGCAAAUCGCAAUGGUGCUCCUCUCCCAAUCUUGAUCUUUUCAUUCUAUGGACUUCAUGAUCAUCUACUGAGAUGACUACUUACACUGUGAGCUUAGUGUGGCUUGUGUAUCCUUUUGUUUUCUGUCUUCCUGUGGUGCAAACUUCUUUUUUGUACUAUGGUGUGUGGAAUUUCUCCUUUUUAAACUGUAUCUGUCAUCAUCAGUUUCUUACAAAUAAAACAGUAUUACAUUCCUGUAA